GGUCGGGAAACCCUCGCGCAGGCGCGUCAGGUUCUGGUCGCUAUGCGGGUGCUUGUGGGUGGCGGCACCGGUUUCGUGGGGACAGCCCUCACGCAGCUCCUGAAAGCCCGGGGCCACGAAGUGACGCUGGUCUCCCGAAAACCGGGGCCGGGACGCGUCACUUGGAAAGAGCUCUCCGCGUCGGGACUGCCCCCCUGUGAUGCCGCCGUCAACCUGGCCGGGGAGAACAUCCUCAACCCCCUGCGGAGGUGGAAUGAAGCCUUCCAAAAAGAGGUGCUCAACAGCCGCCUGGAGACCACCCAGAUUCUGGCUGGGGCCAUUGCCAAGGCCCCACAACCACCCAAGGCCUGGGUCUUGGUGACAGGUGUAGCUUUCUACAAGCCCAGCCUGACUGCGGAGUAUGAUGAAGACAGCCCGGGAGGGGAUUUUGACUUUUUCUCCAACCUCGUUACCAAAUGGGAAGCUGCAGCCAGGCUUCCUGGAGAUUCUACACGGCAGGUCGUGGUGCGCUCUGGGGUUGUACUGGGCCGCGGAGGUGGUGCUAUUGGUCACAUGCUGCUACCCUUCCGCCUGGGCCUGGGAGGCCCUCUCGGCUCUGGCCAGCAGUUCUUCCCCUGGAUUCACAUCGGAGACUUGGCCGGAAUCCUGACCCUGGCCGUGGAAGCAAACCAUGUGCAAGGCGUCCUGAACGGGGUGUCCCCAGCCGCCACCACAACCAAUGCUCAGUUUGCCCGGGCCUUGGGAGACGCGCUAGGACGCCCAGCCUUCAUCCCUGUCCCCAGCCCCAUAGUCCAGGCCUUCUUUGGGAGAGAGAGGGCCAUCAUGCUGCUGGAGGGCCAGAAGGUGGUCCCGAGGCGAACACUGGCUGCAGGCUAUAAGUAUUCCUUCCCAGAGCUCAGAGCUGCCUUGCAGGAAAUUGUAACCUAAGCGGGAAACUCUGCACGAGUCCCAAGGCCCAUCCAUCAGCAGAGGCCUCCCAGUUAGAGCCAGAAUAGGCUCUGGUACUCUCACACUAAGAGACCCGAAAGCCUCAGUUUCUUAGGAACUUCUUUACUCUAUACCCCUUUCUCAUGGUCCUGUUGCUCCCCAUACCACCGCCUCCAGGUCACACUGAUGAGUGGAAGCCUUAACCUCUUCCACUCAUAAAAGCAUGUCUGGGUUUGGUUUCCCACCAUGUCCACUCCUGCCCCCUUCCCCUCGGUGCGCUGUGGAGAAUGCCCUGCCCUUCG